GGUAGGAAAGGAAGAGGGUUGCCCCCGGCUUGGGUACCAGACCAUCGCAUCAGGCAUUAAAUUCGUACCGGCAACCGGGCGAGAAGGAUAAAGAACUGUAGAGACGACCGGAAUCGAUCUAAAUCGGGAAUGAGUUCAGUUUUUUAUCGGUAGUUCUGUGUGUCUGUUUCUUUGGAUUAUUUAGGAUUGAGUCCUGGAUUCUAUAGGCAGUCUAUAUGUAGGAACUUUCACACUAUCACAAUGCGUUACUAUUACAACCACUAUCCAAUCUACCUCUUGCUGCAUGCUUUAUCAGCAACCACUCUAAUUAGAGCUGAAGAUUUGCUGGAUCAAUACGUAAAACACAUUCAACUGGUUAAUAGUAUUGACGAAAUAAAUAUAGAAUCAGCUUUAUUAUCUCGUUCAGAAGCUUAUGCAUAUUUACCUCAAAGUGGAACUCCGAUGCGCCCAAAGAGGCCUAGAAGAGAAGCCCAGAAAAAUUACAACUUGGAAAAAGGCUUAACGAAUCUUGUUGAUCCAGUUUCGAGUUUGUUCGAGCAAACAGCCGAUGUGAGUAGUGAAAAUGCGGAUGUGGUGCAUCGACCAAAAAGAGAGUCGGAUAUUGUUUGGACACAUUCAAUGACUCUGGACAAUGACAAUUUAGUGACUCUCAGAUGGCAACCCAGACACCAAGAGAUUCUUUUCAGAGUGGAAGCAAAGACGUUGGGAUAUGUAGGAAUAGGGUUUAGUGAAACUGGAGGAAUGGAAGGUGCAGAUAUUGUGAUGGGAUGGGUGGACGAUCAGCUUCUGAAGCCCGUUUUAUUGGAUUGCCAUGGGGUGUCCAAAAGCCAAGGAAGCGCACCAGUUCGAGAUGUAAUCGAUAACUACACUUUAAUGAGAGGAGAACAAAACGACACCCACACAAUUAUUGAAUUCAGAAGAGUGUUGGAUACUUGUGAUCCAGACGACUAUAUUCUAACUGGGGAUACCGUGCGAGUAAUCUGGGCCAUUCAUGAUAGAGAUCCACGUUUUGAAGGCGAAAUGGUUUAUCAUGAAGAGAAAAGAGGAGUUCAAAGCCUGCAUCUGUUAGGACCAUCCCCAGUAGGAAAAGUAGCUAAUGACCAGAGCAGGAAUUGGGAUGUAGUAUUGAAAAAUUUUCAACUGGAAAGCAACAUGGAUACAAUUUACUGGUGCAAAGUGUUCAAAGCACCAACUUUCAAUGACAAACACCAUAUAACGGGGUUUGAGCCGAUUAUUGGCGAAAAUCACACCUCCAUGCUUCAUCACAUGAUCAUGCACGAAUGUGAAUUGGGUGAAGGUGCAAACAUGAUGAUUUGGGAAAAAUUCGCCAACGAAGAAGGAAGAUUGUGCUAUAGCAAUAUGCCACUGGAGUGGGAAAAAUGUCUCACUCCUUUAAUAGCUUGGGCAAUUGGAUCUAAAGGAGAAAAUUUUCCAAAUCACGUGGGUCUGCCAUUAGCGCGCAAAAAGAAUACAUUUUAUAUGUUGGAAGUUCACUUUGACAACCCACAAAUGAAACCCGCAAGAGACACAUCUGGAUUAAGAUUGCAUUACACGAACAAGCUGAGAGAAAAUGAAGGAGGAAUUCUCAUGACUGGAGUAGCUCCAUCGACUUUGCAUUUUAUACCGCCCUAUCAAAAAGAAUACAAAACAGCUGGAUAUUGCAGCCUGGAUUGCACGAAAGAGGUGUUUCCAAAAGACGGCAUCAAUGUUAUAUCUGUGAUGCUCCAUUCCCAUCUAGCCGGAAGGAAACUGAAACUACGACAUAUCCGAGCCGGUAAAGAACUCCAACCUUUAGCCCAGGAUGAACGAUAUGACUUCAACUAUCAACAAUCGCGCGCUCUAUCUCAAGACACCACAAUUCUGCCUGGAGAUGGUCUCAUCACAGAGUGUACAUAUUCAACAUUGAACCGAAACAAACCCACUCUCGGAGGAUACUCGACUAGAGAAGAAAUGUGCCUGUCUUUUGUCAUGUACUAUCCAAGAACAGAACUAUCCGGAUGUUAUUCAAUACCGCCAGUGAAAUACUUUUUUGAAAAUCUGGGAGUCAAGGAGUUCUAUGGGAGAAAUAUGAGCGAAGUAGAGCAAGCCUUAUUGGAGGGCAAGAUGGAAACUGAAAGUAUGCCUUCAACCACACAGAAGCCAUUUGAAAUUCAUCCUGGAGACGAAAUGUCUCCUGAAGCUAAUCGGCGGGCGAUUAUCGCUCUACAGAAUGCCAAAGAAUACAGCAUAGAAGGGGAUACGAUUGAGAAAAGUGUUUUUGAAAAGCUGGUUAUUAAAGAGCCGCUGGAGUUUCGAAACAAGUCUUUUAUGUCGCAUUUGCAAAAUAUUCCUUACAACGAGACUAUACUGACCAAAAAAAUGGAAGAAUACUUUUACAAUGGAUUGCACAUGACUUUUUGCCGAAAACGUGAUGAUACUUUAGCAAUUAAGGAAACCAUCGAAAAACUACCCGUUUUCCAGCCGUAUGAAAAUAAGGAAAAUAUCCAGUGUAGUUACAAAUCGAAACGAGGCUUUGUCAGUGGAGCAGCAAAGGCAACAUGGAAUUGCAAAAGUUUAAUAAUUUAUUUAUGCCAUUUAUUCGCUGUUUCGAACCGCAUGGUUUCGAUAUUUGUGUAAUUAUUGUAUUUUUCGUUUCCAUUCCAAACAUGCAAACGCGAAAAAAGCCAGUCAUCUUUAAUUACUAACUUUCUACCUUUAUUUAAAUAAGUAUUUUCUAAUUGGUUAACAUCACAACGUUAAAAUUAUUACUUAUAUUUUGUUGCUGUGUUAUAUACUAUUGUUUUAAUUUAUUUGACUUAAUUUUCAUAUUUAUUUUGUACAUACCAAUCAUUUCGCACUGUAAAUACCAUUUUUUUUACCAAAAGAACCUAGAAUUAAGGCCUAGAACUUACGUUUUUGAAGCUGUGAAUUUAUUAAUUUAAAACGGAAGAGUGCUAAGAAUGAACUUUCUUGCACUCCUCGCACAUUAACGAAAAAUUGCUAAAGCACAAAGUCGAUAAUGAAUUAUCGAAUUAAAAUAACUAUUUUUUGCAAAAACCUAAUUUUCUUUUGUUUGAUUAUUCUCAAUAAUGAUAGGAACGAUUCAUCAAAAUUAAACGAUUAUGAAAUCUUCGUAAUCCAGUAUGUAUGGAAUUAAAUCUUUUUAAAAUACAUUUGAUAAGAGUAGCUAAAUAGACAUUUCAGCAGUAGUUCUUCAUAUCUUGCAAAUAUUAAUGUUUUCGAUAUGAACAUAAUUUCAUCCAUACUAAUAUAUUUGUUUAAAUUAUAACAUUUGCAAGAUCGGGAAGUGCAGAGUCAAAACGCUUAAACCCAGUUUUUUUUAGUUGAACUUUAUUAUAUAAAAAUUAUCACUUAAAACUGUAGUUUAAGAAAUGCUAAAAAACUGACAUCAGCGCCAGUCAUAACUGCUAUAAAUACUUAAAUGUAAUAAAAAUAAUACUCACGUUUAUGUGAAACUAGAAAUAGAACUUAAGUUAUGUAUCGGUUACAAACCGCUCCGAAACAUCCUCUUCAAUUUUUUGCCAGAAUAACCAUCGUGUUCCUGUUUUAUUUUACAUUUUGCCUUCUAUUGGCAUACCUUUUUUAAUAAAGUGUGACUUAUUUAUGAAAACUAAUUGUUUCGUGCAUAAGAAUAUGAAAAUGGUGCAAAGUAAGUGCAUAGUAUGAUAAAGAAAUAUAAAUCGAUUUUUCUAAUUUG